AUACCAAGUAAAGAGAAGCAUUGACCUCCCCUCCUACUUGUGACACCCCUAUAUAAGGACCUUCGGACCUUACAAAGCCAUCAACCAAAUACACAUCAAAGCUCAGCUCUCUCUUCUCUCCUCUUCACAAGGUUCAGUGUUGGUUGUGUGCGAGCCAUGAACCGCGGCAAUGGCAACGGCAACGGCGGCGCGAGGCUGGAGCUGCAGCUGAACCUGUCACCGCCGGUGAUGAUGGAGGUAGACGGCCACGACGACAGCGGGUCUUCCUCGCCGAGCUCGUGCGUGUCAUCGGACGGCAGCCCCGGAAGCAAGUCGCCGAUGGUGAUCGGGGCCUGCACGCGGUGCCUCAUGUACUGCAUGGUAGCCAAGAAGGACUUCCCCACCUGCAUCAACUGCAAGCAGCCCUGCCUCGUGGACCUCCUCCAGCAGGGUGCUGCUGGCGGCGGUGGUGCCGGCGCCUCCGCAGACGGUGAGAAGAAGCGCGGCAGGCGCAAGUGAAGACCGCGGUGCGGGCGCGUGCCUGUCCAGUGGAUGCUCACACGGAUGGUCAGCUCCGACGAUGCACGAAACCUUGGAGGCUGGAGGAGAGGGAGUGACCGCCGUUGGAUCAUCCACUGGACAGGGCUGCAGGUCCUCUGCAGGCUACUUAGUUAGUACCAGUAGUAGUUACUUCCCUUUAUGUUGCUAGGUUGUCAUGAGGUGGUCAGUUUAAUUAGCAUUAUGGCUAGUUUUCAAUUGCUGUUGUAGUAGCUGUGGUCGUUUAAGUUUGUAAUCAAUCCCCUGUUUCGGUGAAGAAAUGCAAGGGGUGAUUAGAACUAAAUAAAGGUACGCAGCAGCUCGGAAAUGAUCUUUUCAAUAAUUAAGUCAACUGUAUUUUCGUCA